UCAGGAUUCAGAAGUUUAGGUUUAAGACAUCAUAACAAUCUGUAUAGGUGCCACAUAAAAUGUAUGAUCAUCAAGGAGGUCCCAUAUCAUGGAAAUCUUGGGCUUCAACUUCAAUAGCUCUAUUGGAUGCAUAUUUAUUGGGGCACUGAUGUCUCUGAUUUUGUAUGGAUGCACUUGUGCCCAGAUAUUGUACUUCUUCUUUCAUUACAACAAAAGGACUGAACCAUUUACAAAGGCAAUAGUAAUUCUAGUUUGGGUCUUGGACACAGUCAAAUGUGUUGCAGAAGGACAGCAAAUGUGGUUCUAUUUUGUGCAAAGACAUGCACAAAUCUUUGCAUUGCUCAAAUUAGAUAACAAGUCAAUGGGGGUUGAACAGCUAUCUGAGGAUGUGAUCAAGAUAGUUGUACAAAGCUAUUUCCUGUGGAAAGCAUGGUGCUUCAUGCUAACAAAAGGCAUGCCAAUGCCUUCUGUGUUCUCAGUGUGGGUUCAAGUUCUUUAUCAGGCCUGGAUCUGGCAACACUGAAUGUGGUUUUAGGUGGUGCUUGUAGCUCUGCAGACUGGGAUC